AUGGAGGAUGAAUUUGAUGAUUCUGAUGUUAUUGUUAAAUCUGAAUGGUGUUCUGAAGAUGAUGAUACGUGUUUAGAAAGAUUCAUGUAUUCCGAGGUUACAAUUGAAGAAGAAGUCAAACAUGAGUUAGUCGAGACAUCAACUUAUGAAUGUGAUAUUUGCAGUAGAUCAUUCGCAGAAACACAUCAUUUAAAAGAGCAUAUGAUCGAACAUAUGCCUAAUAAUACUAAAGAAAAUCCUUUCAAAUCCUUUCAAAUGCGAAUCUGUUGCAAGGCUUUUGAUCGAUUAAGUGUUCUGAAAAGGCACAUGCUCAUUCACAGUAGCAAUAUGAAAAGUCACAUGCUGAUGCAUAGUGGUGUACGUCCCCAUGAAUGCAAUAUAUGCAAAAAGACAUUCACAAAAUCAAAUAAUCUGAAACGUCACAUGCUGUUACAUAGUCGAGUACUCACUCAUAAAUGUAAUAUUUGCAAUAAGAAAUUUACACAAUCUGGUCAUCUUAAAAAACACAUGCUGAUUCAUAAUGAGAACAUUCCUGUAAAUGUGAAGUAUGUAAUAAGGAAUUUACUUAAUCAAAUUUUCGAAGAGGCACAUGGCACUUUAUAG